AUGGGAGACGCCGCGCGAGCCUUGGACAACGCCCACGAGAUUGCCAAGCUGCUUGAUUGCGGGCUGGACAAGGAGACUCUCAGCACUUGUAUUGCUCUGAUUGAAGCGGGGGUGAACCCGGAGGCGAGUGCAUCGCAGCCGCGAUCGGCUGCCGAGCCCCCGGAGGGAGCCCGCGCGACAGCCAGUGCCAGUGUGUACCCGCCGCCACCGCUGGCGCCGCCCGCUUGCCCGCUUGUCGCCGAUGCCCUGUUUUGCUUCUGUCCGGCGUGCUGA